AUGUUGCGCAAAGAGCUUGACAUGCGACUCACGGCGUAUUUGCCAGCAGUAGUGCGUCGUCAUUUGGAGAGACAGGACUUGCAACGUCCAUUGUCAAUGCCGACGACACAUCGUACGACAGUUGUGAGUAUGUUUGCUGACGUGUCUGGAUUUACAGCCAUGACCGAGUCAUUGGCUGCACGAGGACCUGUAGGCGCCGAGGAUCUUGCGAAACACUUGAAUUCGUACUUUGAACAGCUACUGAGACUUGUGUCGAGUGCGGGUGGUGACGUGUUUAAGUUUGCAGGUGAUGCGAUGCUUAUUUUCUGGCCGGAGAGCAAGGAAGAUACGAUGGAUAGUUUGUUGCGACGUGCACUGCAAUGUGCAUUACGUAUUCAGUCCCAUUUACACAAAGCAGAGCUAGCUCCUGGUGUUGUAUUGAGUGUAAAGGUAGGAUUAGGUAUUGGUGAAGCUACAAUUGCACAUUUAGGAGGUGAGAGUGACGGAGCUACGGCUCGUAUUGAGUACGUAGCUGUCGGGCCGGCCUUGGAACAGGCAUUUGAUUCAGAACAUCAGGCAGAAGCAGGAGAUGUUAUUUGUUCAAGUGCAUGCUGGGAGCGUGUGAGUGAGUUCUUUCACGGUGCACCUGUUCGAAGCCCUAAUGGUGAGAAUGAUUACGUCAACUCAUUUCACAGGAUCAUAGGUGUUAUUAAACCUGUCAAGAUUUGCUCGCGUCGACCAUCAUUUACACGUCAUGAUGCAUUGCUGCAUAAACGUAUGAAGCAAUACGUAUCUCGAGCUGUUUGGCCUUACCUGGAUGCCCACGAUGAGUUUUGGGGCUCGGAACUAAGAGAUGUGACUGUAUUAUUUAUCAACCUUGGCUUCAGUGAGCAGGAUUUGGCGCAAAUGCUUGGAGCAAAAGAACUCCAGCGGCUGCAAGAUGCAUUUGCUCUCGUGCAAAAGUGCGUCUAUGACUACGAAGGCACGAUCAAUAAAUUUCUCGUGGACGAUAAGGGCAGCACUGCUAUUGCUGCAUUCGGACUGUCACCUGUGACACAUGAAAAUGAUCCUAUUCGUGGCAUUUUGUCCUCUCUGGCCAUCUGUGCUGCGCUUGGGAACAUAGGGCUAAAGGCUUCCGUGGGAAUUACGACGGGUACAACAUUAUGUGGAGUUGUUGGCCACCAAGGAAACCGGCGAGAAUACACUGUGUUGGGUGACGUUGUAAACCUUUCGGCACGCCUCAUGCAACGCGCGAAAUCGGAAGGAGGUGGCGUUAUCACGGAUGCAUCCACAAAAAUUUACACGCACGACUUGCUGCAUUUCGAGAAACGGCCAGAGAUAAUGGUCAAGGGCAAGAACGAAAGCAUUAAAAUUCAUCGACCGUACCCACGAAUGUCAAUUCUUCUCGACCAUCAUCUAACAUCUGCCGUCCAGCAGUGCUCUCGGCCAACUAAAGGUAAUACCGCAUCGCCUGCAGCGAAGAUCAUUGGACGGGUAGGACGCGCCAAUGCACUCUCUGUUGUAAGCCGUGCCGCGCCAAUGCAGAAUCUGAUGGAAAAUAUGCACCGUGUACAGGUGCGUGAUGCUCAGCGGAGAUUGUCAUUACGUGCAGACCGUCAGCGUUUGUCGGCAGAAGAACUUGUCGAGGGUGAAAGCUUUGUACAGGUUCGAACAGCACUGAUGGAAAAGUGCUCACACCUGAACUCGUUUGCUCCUGGUGGAGCGUUCGUGCUGGAGGGUGAUAUUGGCGUGGGCAAGACAGUGCUACUUCGAUCGGCUCUUGCAAGUCCCGAAGCAGGAGACUACCAAGUAUUGGUUGGCACAGCUUCCCCAUUUGCGACGAAGAAACCGUACGCAAUUUGGUCGGAGCUUAUUACUAGAGGCGCGCAGGAACUGUCAGGGACAUGCAGUGGCACCCAUAACGCUGAACCUGCAUCGCCCCUCUCUCCAGACAUUUGCACCACCGAUAGUUUAAAUUCUGCUGUGCAGGCACCGAGCAGACUGGCUGAAACGGAACGUCAAAAGUGCGUGGCACAAUUUGUCAGGCAGAAAAUUUGCGAAGGUGCUGCACCUAAUACGACGCUAAUACGAUACGCAUCUUUACUGAAUGCAAUCUUGGACACGGAUUUUGAUGCUUAUCCUGACCCUUCCGAUGACAAUAAAGAAGUAGUAGGGAUGAAGCAUAAUGACAACAACUGUCACGAGCUUGAAGAGUCACACACCAAUCAGAGCGAAGAAGAAACAAAUGAGGAGAACCAACGGCAAAACGAAGAAGAGAUGCGCGCAUUUGGGCUCUCGUUUGCUGAGAGACCCGACCGGACAUUAAAUGUGAAAGAGGAGGAAAUUGCGUCAUGGUUUCUUGGCCUGCUAGAGAUGGAUUUGGCUCAAAAAGAUGAGACUCGAGUCUCGCUAGAUUGUUCAGCUCGCGAUGCUGCCAAUGACAAGCAAGGCAUUGACGAGGACGAGCGAGAGCCCGAGUGGAGACCCGUUGACCUGGAUAUCAGCGGCAUUCUUCUGUUGUGUGCAUUGUAUGCCAUGUCGCGCGAACGGGCUACAGUGUUUUGCCUUGAUAGUGCCAUGUACAUGGACGAAAAAUCGUGGGUUUUAGUCGCAAUCAUUGCGAAAUACUUCACGAAUUGUUUAAUCGUGGUUGGGACACGACCACCGAGCUUGGUCCUUGGCGAGCAUACCGAGAGCUCUUCGUAUCGAAGGCAGUUGCGUUUGCUCAAACGAAUGAAAUUUUCAGCUUGUGCUUCCAUGGACACUUUUAGCAGUGAUGAAAUUGAGGCGCUGUCGCGACAGAUCCUGAAAGUACCCUCUAUCCCCAGCAACCUUUUGGAAAUUCUCGUGUCACGGUCACAAGGCAAUCCUCUUUUUUUACACGAGAUCAUUGGUGAGAUGCAGGAGCAACAAGUGAUUCGGGUGGAUGAAAAGAUGGGUGCCCGCAAAUGUAAACUGCAAGUACAGGAACCAUGGGGUGACAAAUACAAAGCACGAUUCUGCUUUGCUUGUCAUGCCAGCUUCUCGAGUCCAAAAAAGGACAAGCUCAAGGAGAAAGAAAUGAAUUUGGAUCAACGUGAAGAAGGAGCAAGAAAAACUAGGCAGCGGUGCAAAUGCUGUGGAUAUGUCUUUUGCGCAGAAUGCACUCCAAAAGCAUGCCAAGCAAAACUUCCGGGAAAGUCAAAUGAGCCUGUACGUCACUGUCGCACGUGUUACAACUUAGUAUCAUCACGUCGGCCUAGUGGCUCAAUUCAUGGCAUUGGAGCUACCGUUGGGGUUACCGGGGACAAACGAACGCGUACAAAAAACCGAUUGCGUUCUAUUUUUCAGCCUGGAAGCGGUGUUGAUCAAGCUUUGUUGUUGGCCGCAUCAUCAUCAAAAUCUCCUCCUGUGUCUGGUGCUGAAACGCUUACGAAUCGCAUCGCGCUCCGCCCGCCUCGAACUGUAAAGAGCGUGCUGACCACAAUGCUUGAUCAGCUGACGGUUUCACAGCGCAUGCUAAUGAAGACAGCUAGUGCCAUUGGACCUGUUUUUGAUAAAGAGAUCCUCCGUGGCGCUUGUCCUAUCGAGGCUCAUCUUUCUCGGUUCGCGCAAGACCUUGAAGACUUGGAACAAUUGGCUAUGAUACGCCGAAUUGAUACGUUCAUUGGAGGUGUACCCACAUCCUCUAAGCCGAUUGGUGGAGCAAUCCUCACAAAUAGCCAAACGGCAUCAGCAAAUAGCCACUUGAAAGUCAAGUUCGAGUUCAGCCACGGUUUUAUGUGUGGUAUCAUUCGCGAGCAAAUGCUUCGAGGUCAGCUGGACAAACUUAACAGUCGUAUUGCUGACCUCCGCGAGCAGCAGCAGAAGAAGCUACGGCACAAGUUCUUCUCAAAGGCAAAUGAGAGUCUUUUUCGUCCACAGCAAUUGACCAUUCCAGCUUUGUCCGUUGGAGGGGAUGAAUGGCGCACACUCACUCCAACGGUAGACAUGCGCAAUUCUCGAUCUCCAGUGUUUAGCGACGGGGAACGACGGCAUCUAUUGUCUCGUUGUGAUUCGCACUCUAUCAAUGAGCUCAAUGGAUCGCACCAAGGUGUAACCCCUCGUGAUACAGCGAUUGCGACGUCCAUUUCCUCGUCUGAGUCGUCAAUGACGCAGGCGCUUCGUGAGAGUGGAUACGAUGAUGUGUUUUCGUCAGUGGGUAGUCUAGGUAACGCUUCCUGUGCGUCGGUGUUUUCGUCCAACGGCACAACUAAUGCACUGCCAACCUGCAUGCGCCUGAAGGCAAGUCGCGUGGUCGUCAAGAAAUACAGCAGUAUGUUCUCGCACCUGAAACUCAAGGGGCUCAAGAAUGCUCGUCAGUGGAAGACGCGGUAUGCAGUCCUUCAGAACGCACGCUUGCUACUACAGUACGAAGAAAGCGACCCAAUCGCGAACACCACUGAAUCUGCACCACUACAUCCAGGAAUUUGGCACGGUACAUCGCUUUCUCUCAAGGGCGCCAAAGUGAGUGCGUGCGAUCCAGAGGUAGCAGCGAAACUCAAUUGUUUCCAAGUCGAGGUUUCAAAAUGGAUGAAAAAGGGAAAGGUUUUCCAAGAUCAGCGACGCUCCUUCAUUAUUGGCGUCGAUUGUGAAGAAGAAGUUGAAAACUGGGUAUACAUGAUCCGUUUUGCCAUUGAAAGCCAAUCCGCCGUACUAGCCACGGAUAUUGCUGUUGAUUGGUAA